ACAGUCAACCAGCUCUUGCUCUUCAUACACCUACCCAAUAUUCUCGCCAUGUCCAAGCAACGCAUUUUCAUGACCGGCGCCAGCGGUUACAUUGGCUCAGUCGUCACCGAACUAGCCAUUGCCCGCGGCUACGAGGUGUACGCCCUGUCUCGCUCCAAGACCAGCGACGCCAAACUCACCAAACUGGGAGCGAUACCCGUACGAGGCGACCUCCACGCCUUCGAUGCCCUGCGCCAACAGAGCACCGAAGCUGACAUCGUCUUGCAUCUGGCCGACUCAUUCACGGACAACUUCCACCGAGACUAUACCGAAGUGGUGCGGAUCGACGCUGAUGCCGUCGCUGCCAUGGGCGCGGGUCUGGAAGGCAGCAACAAACCGUUUGUCGCCACCUCUGGAUCCUUGGUCGUGGCCCCUGCUGGUGUCGAGACGGACGAGAGCUCGCCUAUAUCGGAUAAGCCGCUGAAUGGUCGAAUUGCGUGUGAGAGAAACGCCAUGUCGUUAUCGAAGAAGGGAGUCAGAGUUUCCGUCAUCCGCUUGGCUCCGUUCGUGUACGGCCGGGGAGGAAGUGGGAUUAAACUUUUCAUGACGAUGCUUGCCAAUGCUGGCGAAGUCGGAUACGUCGGCAAUGGCGAUAUUCAAACCUCUGCGGUGCAUGUGGACGAUGCUGCGGCGUUGUACCUUUUGGCUGCCGAAAAGGCGAGGACGGGAGAAAUCUUCAACGGAGUUUCAGGUCAAGUAAAGUUUCGGGAUUUGGCAGAGGCAGAGGGGGAGGUACUGAACCUCCCUGUGCAUUCUGUCGCUUAUGAAGAUGCUCUUUCACGCUGGGGACAAUUUUUUGCUCGUUUCCUCAGCACUGAGAACUGGUCAUCUGGAGAAAAGGCUAAGAGGGUGUUGGGGUGGGAGCCAAAAGAAGCUGGUAUCAUUGAUGAUUUGAAGACUGGCUCGUAUGUUGCGAUCGCUGAGAGUUUGAAGGUUGCUUAGCAGUGAACUUCACUGACGAGGUAAAUUACGUAUUGAUAUGUCGAUCUAAAAGCAAGCUGUGCUUAGUUUUUCUACUAUCAAACUGUUUCUCCAAAUUUCUGGCAACCUGGGCUGAUUUGGCAAAAUCAGUGGCACGAGAA